AUGUUUUUUUCUGUCGGAACUAGCGAGUCGGGGAAACGUGACGAAAGCAAGGCAGCCUCGGGUACUAACUCCUUCUUCCCUGGCAGCACUGCAGACUACACUGUGACGGUGAACGGCAAGCAGAUGCCCUACACGGACAUCUCUCCCGCCAUGGUGAAGACCAUGAAUGCUGAGGAACGCAACGAGUACAUUCGAGUGGGCAAGAAGUUCCACAGUGACGUUAUUUUUGACUAA